AUGAUAAUGCCUUCUGUUUUGAUGAUAAUGCGCUCUGCAUUGAUGAUAAUGGCCUCUGUUUUGAUGAUAAUGCCCUCUGUUUUGAUGAUAAUGCCUUCUGUUUUGAUGAUAAUGCCUUCUGUUUUGAUGAUAAUGCCCUCUGUUUUGAUGAUAAUGCCCUCUGUUUUGAUGAUAAUGCGCAUCUGUAUUGAUGAUAAUGCCCAUCUGUUUUGA